GUCUCUGUCACCGUGGUCGCGAAAUAAAAAAAACUGCAGCAGGAAGCGUAGCUGCAGCAGCUUCGUGUCCUGGAAACCUGCAGGACCGAAGAAAAUGGAACCCGGGUAGCUGCGUCCAUGAACAAGCGCUCGUAGCAGACUGCGUGUAGCAGCAGCAAAUCCGCCAUGCGGACGGGGUCCGCUCCCACGGUUCAUCUUCCAGCUGGAGCGAUGCGUUCACCACGUAGUUGCCACCACGGAUUGCUGCUGACUGUGUUCUUUUUUUUCCUCGGUUACAGCGCAAGUUCCACUGCGGUCGCCCUUGCUUCCGGCAAACAGGAGAAAACUACAUCUUCGAGCACCAAGGCUACCGGGAGUAAAAACUUCUUGUCUCCAAGAAGAUGUCGUGUUCUUGCACUUUCCCAAGUACAAGCAGCUGAUACCACUGGUGCACAGCAAGAACAACAUGGACGUCAAACACCGCCCGUUUCCGAGCCGCCGCGCAAAGCGGCCUUCACGCCGGUGAAGAGUCCGGAGGAAGUGAAACAUGCACAGCAACAGGUGCUGAACGGCGGAUCAUCGGCAGCAUCGCUUGCGACCGCCGGGCCAGGGAGUUUCGAACGGGACUGCGUCCGGAAGCCGACGAUUAGCGGGUGCGAUUGCAAGGAGAUGAUAUCCAAGCAAAUGAAAAGAUCGUCCUUCCUCCAGUAGCUCAGAGUCAAGGGCAUCAGGCACGUUGAUGAGACUGAAAGAAGGAAAACGAGUCGCUAUCAUCAGCAUUGUGAUUUUUGAUUUUGAUCCGCACACGCACUAGCACAAUGACAAUGUACGAUGUUUUCUUUUUUCGCUCCAUACCAAAUUGCGGCAUGCAACACGCAGCGGGAUGAGUGCUUGCACACCGUGGACUACUACAUCAACGGUGCUACCGGAUCUGGCAGCUCAAGCAGCGCGACCUCUCCCACCGCUGUGAAGCAAGCCUUGUUUCGAGCCAAGUUUGACCACCCACUGACAAACACGUUGCUGCUGCAAAUGUUUGAAAAACGCGCGGCCAAAGCCUCGAGUAAACAAGGUCGUGUCAACUACACAAGAAGAACCAACUCUAACUCAUCUUUCCAGACCAAUGCGCAGAAGAAGUCUAGGCACUUCUACACUGGGAGAAGCACCACAUCAACAUCAUCUGCUACCGUGGCAAGAAUUCACGGGACUCCCGACAAUGAAUCGACGCCGAACAACUUCGCGUCGCGCGUCUUCCACGAGGACGUGGACUUUUCGAAGGUGAAGACGCGCGGCAAGUGUAGCGAAGCGGAGAUGAACGGCCUUGACCGGUGUCUGGCGAUGUUUUGGCAGUGCGACCGUCUCGAGGGACAAAUGUCGGCGAGCGCCGACGCGCAAGCGGAAAACCUGCAGUUCAUUUACGAUCACCCGGGCACUCCGGCGUGGUAAGCCUUGAAAGUAGCCGAACUUGCGCGACGUUCCUGCUUGUUGGUGUUUGCGAAAAUCUGCGCCAGCAGCGUAUCUAUAAAUAUGAUCGGUUCAUUAACCGCGAUAGCGUGAGCCGAGCCCGAAUUUCAAAACUUGUCACAUGUGCUACCGUUUCGGUUUCUCUUUUCCUCGGAGUCUGAGUAUGUUUCCUUCCGAUGGUGAAAAGCUCCACCUGGAGUAACGCGAGAAGUUGCUUGUCCUCGCCGCAGUCGUCACACAGAGCAGCGAAGCUCGUUGA